UUUAGGGUUACCAUGUAAAAUCGCACCUGUGCUAGCGUUAUAAACACAAUAUGUACAUUUUAUUAAUCAGAGACACGCUGUUUAAUGCGGAAUGUGACUGAAAUCCACAUCUCUGCUGUUUUCCGUGAUAGACCCUGAAUGCAGCAUUACGUCUUUACGUGAGUGGGUCAUCGGCCGGUACGGUCCUUCCCUUGUGAGCGUGCUCGGCUUCGGCUCUCAAUUCCAGACGUCAUGGCGUCCUUAUCGAUGGCCCCGGUAAACAUCUUCAGACAUGGAGCCGAUGAAGAAAAAGCUGAAACUGCUCGACUGUCGUCCUUCGUGGGCGCCAUUGCCAUCGGAGACCUAGUGAAGAGCACCCUGGGGCCAAAGGGGAUGGAUAAGAUCCUACUGAGUGGAGGAAAAGGCGGGACGGUGACGGUGACCAACGAUGGAGCGACCAUCCUGAAGGCCAUUGGUGUGGACAACCCAGCUGCCAAAGUUCUGGUUGACAUGUCGAAGGUUCAGGAUGACGAGGUCGGAGAUGGGACGACGUCCGUCACGGUGCUCGCUGCUGAGCUGCUGCGGGAGGCGGAGCUUCUCAUUGCCAGGAAGAUACACCCUCAGACGAUCAUCUCUGGCUGGAGGAAGGCUACUCUGGCGGCCCGAGAGGCUCUGAGGGACGCCGCUGCUGACCACAGCAACGACCCGGCUCGUUUCCAGGAGGACCUGCUGAACAUCUCCCGCACCACGCUGUCCUCCAAACUCCUGACUCACCACAAAGAUCACUUUGCCAAGCUGGCGGUGGACGCCGUCAUGAGGCUCAAGGGCUCCGGGAACCUGGAGGCCAUCCACGUCAUCAAGAAGUUGGGGGCGAGCCUCACUGACUCCUACCUGGAUGAAGGUUUCCUGCUGGAUAAGAAGAUUGGAGUGAACCAACCGAAGAGACUGGAAAACGCCAACAUUCUCAUCGCCAACACGGGAAUGGACACCGACAAGAUCAAGAUCUUUGGCUCCAGGGUUCGCGUCGACUCCACGGCAAAGGUCGCUGAGAUCGAACUCGCAGAGAAACAGAAGAUGAAGGAGAAGGUUGAUCGAAUCCUGAAACACGGCAUCAACUGCUUCAUCAACAGGCAGCUGAUCUACAACUACCCAGAGCAGCUGUUCGCCCAGGCGGGUGUCAUGGCCAUCGAGCAUGCUGACUUUGCUGGCGUGGAGCGCCUCGCCCUCGUCACCGGCGGCGAGAUCACCUCCACCUUCGACCACCCGGAGCUCGUCAAGCUCGGCCGCUGCAAACUGAUCGAGGAAGUGAUGAUCGGGGAGGACACGCUCAUCCACUUCUCUGGGGUCGCCAUGGGUGAGGCGUGCACCGUCGUCCUGCGAGGAGCGACUCAGCAGAUUCUGGACGAAGCGGAGCGCUCACUGCACGACGCUCUGUGCGUGUUAGCUCAGACCGUCAAGGAGCCGCGCACUGUUUAUGGAGGAGGCUGCUCCGAGAUGCUGAUGGCGAAGGUGGUGAGUGAUCUGGCCAAUAGGACGCCAGGAAAAGAGGCAGCCGCCAUGGAGUCGUUCGCCAAGGCCCUGAGGAUGCUGCCGACCAUCAUCGCAGACAACGCCGGCUACGACAGCGCCGACCUGGUGGCCCAGCUGAGAGCUGCGCAUCAGGACAACAAGACCACGUUUGGGCUGAACAUGUCCAACGGGACCAUCGGAGACAUGGUGGAACUCGGAAUCACCGAGUCGUUCCAGGUGAAGCGUCAGAUGCUGCUGAGCGCCUCCGAGGCGGCCGAGAUGAUCCUGAGAGUGGACAACAUCAUCAAAGCCGCUCCCAGGAAGCGAGUUCCCGACCAUCAUCCCUGUUAGAGGAGGCGUCGGAGGAAGAACGGGAGACGAAUACGUUUUAUUUAUAACCUCCGUGUCGCUUCCAGCCACGUUCCCGUAGCUGUUGAGUCAGGAAGUCCAAAUGUUUGUUUUUGUUUACUGAAAUAAUAAAUAAAAUCAUCAUCCUGA